AUUUUUCGUAAUGCUGAAGGCACGGGAGCGAACCCCCCUGGCUGUGGCCUUGAAAUACGUUUGACAGAUUUGGCGCAGAGACGUGUGAGGUGCUAUGCAUUGGUGGAUGUAAAAUGAUAAUAAUUAAUACCUACAACACUUUCGACGUGAUUCUCUGGUCUUAGUACUGGGAAUUCAUUUUGUCCUUUCUUUCAUCAAGCUGAUUCAGGUUCAAAUUGACAGGAAGAUUCAGACCAAGACAGGCGCCUGGCGACUGCUGCAGCCGAGCGCCGGCCGCCGCGGGCGGCAUGAGCCGCACAGGAGGGGUGCCGGCGUCUGGUGCCGCUGGCGCGCUGCUACCAGCCAGUGUCGCCGGCCGCGCCGGGCCCGGCCCGUGACGGCCGCCGGCUGGUCAUGUCCUCGCGGCUGCCGGCCCAGUCGGCGCUCGACGAGCCGCCGCGCAAACUCAAACUGGAGGCCGAGGACAGCAGCUACGACAGCGACUCGGAGGCGGCGCCGGCGCCCGAGCACGAGGAUGUGUCGCGCACCGUGAGCGACACACUGGGCGCCGAGUUCGCCGAGUAUGUGACCGCCGGCGCCUCCGAGACCGCCGACUACGCCAACAAGGUCGAGUUCGCCUGCAAACUCGGCUACACCGAGGAGCAUGUGCAGCGGGCGCUGCGCAAGCUCGGCGCCCACCCGGGAAACAACGACUUCCUCGAGGAGCUCAUCCGUGUCGGCAAGGACGGCAAGGGGGCUGUCGCUGAUGUGGAAGAGCUCGAUGAGCGCACGGCGCGUCUGCGAAUCUCGCGCGAGUCUCGCGAGGAGCCCUCCAACCUCCGUCACAUCGUACUCGACGGCAGCAACGUCGCCAUGAGUCACGGCAACAAGGAGCGCUUCUCGUGUCGCGGCAUCCGUCUGGCGGUCGAGUACUUCCGGGCGCGCGGCCACCAGGGUAUCACCGUGUUCGUACCCAUGUGGAGGAAGGAGGCGCCGCGGCCCGACACGCCCAUUACAGAUCAGGAUGUGCUGCUGGAACUGGAGAGAGAGGGCAUCCUGGUGUUCACGCCAUCUCGGGUGGUGGACGGAAAGCGGAUCACGUGCUAUGAUGACAGGUAUAUUCUCCAGACAGCGCUCGACGAGGAUGGAGUCGUCGUCUCGAAUGAUAACUACCGUGAUCUGCACAAAGAGAAACAGUUCAAAAAGAUCAUCGAAGAGCGCAUCCUCAUGUAUUCCUUCGCCAAUGACAGGUUUAUGCCGCCUGACGACCCGCUCGGCAGGAACGGACCGACGCUGGACAACUUCCUGCGCAAGAGUCCGCGCCCGUCCGAGUCGCUGUGUCCGUACGGCAAGAAAUGUACAUAUGGGAACAAGUGCAAAUACUACCAUCCGGAGCGUGGCAACCAGCCGCAGAAGUCUGUGACUGAGAAGCUGGCCGAGCACGCUCAGCGCAGCCUGCAGGGCCGGCGCGGCCUGGGAGACGGCCUGUCAGGUGGCGGUCGCAGCGUGCGCGACAAGACGCUGAGUCUGCCGCCGAGCGAGGCGCGGCAGCCCGGCGGCCAGCCGCGGAAACAGCCCGUGAGCCGGACCCGGUCGCUGGUGCCUGGCUCGGUGCCGGCCGACUCGCGGCCCGCACCGCCCGACGACACGCACCUGCGCGCCUCCGCCAAGAGCCGCAGCAUGGAGAACGUAGCCAGCGCAUCGCGGCUACGCUCGUUCCCCAUCGACCCGGCGUCUUACGACCCGGGCGCGGCGGCCGGCGGGGCGGCUGGUGGCGACUGGCAGCAGCAGCAGCAGCAACAGCAACAACAGCAGCAGUGGGCCGCCCACCAGCAGCCGCACGUGCACACCAAGGGCGUGCGCCAGCACCUGGACCUGUGCCGAAAGUCGUCCGACCCCAGCUACCAGAGCAGCCAGGAGCAGCGCGCGCACAAGCCUCUGGUGCGCCAGCUGACGCUCAAUCCGACGUACGACCCGCGGCUGGCGCAGCGCGAGCAGUACGUGCGCGAACUGGAGGCGCAGCUGGGCCGGCAGCAGAUGAUGGCCAACCGUAACCUGUUGUCGCCUCACUGGGACGGCGGCCACAGCCACGGCGGCCAGCACCCCCAGCACGCCAGCGUGACGCGCAUCGCGUCCGCGCCGGACUCGUGCCGCCAGCUGGGCAUGGCGCCGCCGCCGCCCCACGAGUACACCAUGCAGCGUCUGAGCAGCACCUCGGACCCGCAGCUGAACGUGAACGCGUACGCGGCCGGUCUGCCCGAUCAGCAGCAGCAGCACUACGGCGCGUACGGCGGCGGCGAGCAGCUGGUGGAGCGCUCGGCGCCCUGGCACCGGCCCGUCACCUCCAGCCCGGGCAGCGGCUGGCCCAGCGUCGCCGCCUCGCGGGCGCCCGCCUUCAACCCAUUCCAGCCGAACCCCCUGACGGCCAGCCUGUCGACGCCGCCGCUCGGUGGCGCCGGCAGCCAGUCGCCGGGCGGCGCGGCGGUGGCGCCGGCCGCCGCCGCACCGUUCGGGGUGCUCGGCUUCGGCGCCGGGACCGGCUACAACCCGGACCCGGUGGGCACGCAGCCCUCGUCCCCGCGACAGAGCAAGGACGAGCUGCGCAGGAACAUUUACUGGCACCUCUGCGCUCUCUUCCCCGAAGAGAAGGUACGAGUGGCCAUGAACCUUAUGCCCGAUGAGACGGACGCUGCGAAAAUAUGCGCCGAAAUAGUGCAACCCAAGUGACGUGCGGCGCCGAUGUGCAUUGUUUGCGCGCGUAUUUGUGUCGUUAUUGUGGAUGUGUUGUGAUGAGCGGGCGCUGGGCAAUCUGGGCACAGCGCGGGGCCGGGGACUCUUGUGUGAGCUAUGUGAGUGGCCGGAGCGCCGUAUGAAUGGACUCAGAGUGAGUGUGAGAGAGAUGGCGGGGCAGCGCCCCAGCAGACACCCGACAAUCGCGCUGGGCGCGGCGGCGCGCAGCCUGCUUCUCGUAGUUGACUGUUGUGAUAACAUGGCUGCCAAACGGUCAGCUGCCGGCGGCCAGGGCCGUCGCUGAGUAGGCGGAAUCCGCUGACAGCAUCGCCGACAAUACCAUGUAUUGGGCGACUCGAGCCGGGCGCGGUACCAUCGCCCGGCCUGCCGUAUUGCUGGUUAUCAGCAGUUUUUUUACGUAGCCAUCUUCAGGAGUUUUCUUUUUUGUUGUUGCUUCACUAACCCAUGGUUGUAGAAUGACGUGGUUAGAGGGCUGUAGAUAAUAUUCAUUCUUCCGAUGUUAUUUUGUAUAAUUCUUGUAAAAUAAACUGUACUACUGAUCGUCA